CGCCCUCUAAUAGCAGCAUAACUCAAGUCCAGGUCAGUCACGCGAGAACACAUGUGACGUCACUUGGUAAGCGACAGAGUCAUCUGGAGCUUCACAGAUCCUUGGUGUAACGUGAUUGUUUUGAACCCCGAAAAUGGUGAAAUCGGGGAAGCUUCGAUCUGGAACCGGGUCGAAACUCAAACGGUGGAAGAAGGGACAACCCCCCGGGGGGGGCCGUUUUCGGCAGGCUGCUAAAAGCCGCUUCUUCAUCCGACCCACCGGCAAGAGUGAUCUAACAGUUGACGCUGUUAAGUUACACAAUGAACUGCAGACAGGUUCGCUGGAGAUCGGUGCAAGCGCCGGUAAAGGUACCUUUAUGGAAGAGGAGCCAGAAGAGGCGUCAGAAAGAACCUCGUGCACCUUCCUCAGUGGUCUGUCAGACUGCUCCAACCUGACCUUCAGAAAGGUGCAGCGCUUCUGGGAGUCCAAUUCAGCUGCACACAAAGAGAUUUGUGCAGUGUUGGCAGCUGUUACUGAGGUGAUACGUGGUCAAGGAGGGAAGGAAACUGAAACAGAGUACUUUGCUGCUUUGAUGACCACCUUGGAGGUUGUGGAUUCAACAGAGUCGCAGGCUGCAGUGGCAUACCUCCUCAACCUUGUCAUGAAACGGGUUCCUGCUCCAGUGCUCAGGUCCAAGUUCUCAGACACCACCAAGGCUCUGAUGGAAGUCAUGUCUAAACAGGCCAGGUGUGAGACCGCCUCGGCUCUCAGAUGGAUUCUGUCAUGCCUGGCCACUUUGUUGAGGAAGCAGGAUGCAUCUGUGUGGACUUACCCAUCUACUCUUCAGGCUUACCACGGCUUGCUCAGCUUCACAGUGCACAGCAAGCCUAAGGUCCGUAAAGCAGCACAGCAGGGUGUUUGCUCCAUUCUCAGAGGUAGUGACUUGCUGUUUACAGAUAAUGCUCCAAGCCACCACCCUGCUGCAGUGACCACAGCCAAGUUCUGCAUCAAAGAAAUGGAGCAGGCAGGAGGCAGCAAAGAGGACACUACCACUCUUCACGUGCUUGGUCUCCUAAAAGAGCUGAUGGGAGUGUUUCCUCUGGGAGCUGUGAAGUCCUGUUGUGAGAUGCUCCUGCGAGUGAUGACACUCAGCCACGUGCUGGUGACGGCGAGUGCCAUGCAGACCUUCCAUAGGCUGUUCAACGGGAAGCCAAAUGCUUCGGCCUUAUCGCCUGAACUGAACGCACAGAUCAUCACGGCCCUGUAUGACUACCUGCCCAGUGAGAAUGACCUGCAGCCUCUGUUGGCCUGGCUGGCUGUCAUGGAAAAAGCGCACAUUCACUUAGCAAGUUUGCAGAGUUCCCUGAGUUUGGGUCACCUCCCUCGCCUCUUCUCUGCUGCCAUGUCCUGCCUGUUGUCACCUCACACGCAGGUAGUUUCUGCAGCAACCAGCACACUAAAGACUCUGCUGACUGAAUGUGUUGCCCCUCGCAUGGAGGAAAUAGGCAUGAUCAGUGCUACAGCAUCUGCAGGAAAUCCCUCUUAUGUCUGCAAAAUAUUUCGUAUCAUAGAAGAAGGGCUGUCUUAUCGUUUCCAUGCCUCCUGGCCAUUUGUGCUCCAGAUCAUGGGUUGUUUCUACCGCAUUGCAGGGAAACAGGCUCAUCCCAUCAUGACUAAGUCUCUGCAGUCUCUGGCAGACCUGCGCUCCACUCCUCAAUUCCCCUUCAGUGGUGAGUUGGACCUGGCUGUAGGAGGAGCUGUAGAGAGCAUGGGACCUGAAGUUGUGCUGGGUGCCGUGCCUCUCAACAUCACUGGCUAUGAGGAUGACUUGGAGUUUCCACGGAGCUGGCUAGUCCCCGUCAUACGGGAUCAUGUGAAGAGCGCUCGCCUUGGUUUUUUUACUUCUUAUUUUCUCCCUUUGGCCACUACACUAAAGCAGAGAGCUGAUGAGCUGGAGCAAGCAGGACAGAAGCUGGAGGCCAAAGUCUACCAGACUUUACAGUUUCAGAUUUGGACCAUGCUCCCCGGCUUCUGUAUGUGUCCCGUUGACCUGCUUACAUCCUUCAAAGGCAUUGCCCGUUCACUGGGUAUGGCUAUAAAUGAGCGGCCCGAUCUGAGACUCACAGUGUGCCAGGCUCUACGUACUCUCAUCAACAAGAGCUGCUCCACAGAAGAAGAAAAGGCUGAAGUCGGGCGCUUCUCUAAGAACUUCCUGCCCAUACUUUUCAACAUAUACAGCCAGCAGCCUGCAGCUGGAGACUCUGGCACCUAUAGGAUGGCUGUACUAGACACCAUAAAAGUCUACCUGACCAUCACUGAAACACAGAUGACCUGCACUUUUCUGCAAAAAGCCACAGACAGAUUGAGCAGCACAGACACCACUGAGUUUACACGGCUAUCAAUGAUGGACCUUGUGGUUGCCAUGGCUCCCUUUGUAGACGUGGUUACCAUGACUAAAACCUUUGAGCUGAUUAGGCCAUAUUUGGAGACCAAAGAACCAGGCAUGCAGAAGAAGGCUUACCGGGUGCUUGAGGAGAUGUGCGGAGGUGAGCGAGAGGAAUGUAGAUCAUUUGUUUUGGCCAAUUUGGAAACGCUCAAAGCUGUGCUGCUUGAGACUCUGAAAAAUGCAUCUUCACCAGCAAAAAGGCCAAGACUAAAGUGUCUGAUCCACAUUGUGAAAAGGCUCAACGAACAACACCAAGACUUCAUCACCGCACUGCUGCCAGAGGUGAUUAUAUGCACCAAGGAGGUGUCUGUUGGAGCUCGCAAGAAUGCCUACAAUCUGCUGGUGGAAAUAGGAAACGCUUUUAUUCGCUUCUGUGGGAACACAAACUAUGCCAUGGAGCAGUAUUUGGUUUUGGUGUAUGCAGGACUCACAGGUUCAGUCACCAUGAUCACCUGCACAGUGUUGGCGCUAACACGACUGGUGUUUGAAUAUAAAGAUUCUAUUGAGGUGACCGUCAUGGAGCAGCUGCUGCACAAUGUUUGUCUGCUGCUGUCGUCUCGUACCAGAGAGUUGGUCAAAGCUGCACUAGGCUUCAUCAAGGUCAUCCUCUUCAUCAUGGACCCUAAGACGCUAGCCUCACAUGUCACCAUCAUGAUGGAAGCUAUUGGGAAAAUCAGUGAUGAUGUGAGGAGGCACUUCAGAACAAAGCUGAAGAACAUCUUCACUAAGUUCAUCAGAAAGUUUGGUUUUGAGCUGGUGAAGAGCAUGCUGCCUGCAGAACAUCACAAGGUGCUUGUAAAUAUCCGCAAGGCUGAGGCACGCACCAAGAGACGGAAACAGGCCGCAGAGCAGCGGGAUGACUCGGAGAACGAUGAGGAGGCCCCUAAACUAAAGAGUGAAAGUAUCGAGGACAUCCUUGCGGAGUCAGACAGUGAUUUGUCAGAGGAUGAAGGAAAGACCAGCAGUGCUCAGAAGAAAACAAGCAAACUGCAGAAGGGACGGGCCUGGCUCAAAGAAGGAGAAGAAGAUGACCCACUCAACUUCCUGGAUCCCAAGGUUUCUCAGAGAGUGCUAGCGACAAACCCGGCAAUGAAAAAGAGUGCCAAGGUUGAGCAUGGCUUUAAAGUAACCUCAGAUGGACGGCUGAUUAUUAGAGAAGACGAUGGGGAGGACGUAAAAGACAAAGAUGAAGGAGAGAUGAAAGAUAUUCUAGAAGAGGCUGGAGUCACGAGUAAAAAGUCACAGAAAAGGAAGUUCCAAGAUGACUUUGACGAGGACAUGGACAUUGGACCCCAGUUAAAAUAUAAAGCUGGAGGCUCCGGUAUCCACAGACCCCUUGGAGGCAGGCAAGACAUUGGAGUUGAUUACAAGUCAAAGAAAGGAAAAGGAGAUGUGAAGAAAAAAGGAAAGCUUGAUCCUUAUGCUUACAUCCCUCUGAAGAAGGCGCAGCUCAAUCGCAGAAAACGCGCCAAACUGCAAGGCCAGUUCAAGGGCAUGGUAAGAGGAGCCCAGAAGGGGGCGCUCUCUGGAAAGAAAAUGCAGAAGAAAAAGAGGAAGUAGUGAAGGACAUAUCAGUUCUCGGACUUUUUAAAUGAGUUCUGUGUGAUGGCUUGUUCAAAAACAUCCAAAAAAUGUGAACCUACAUUUGGGAUGUGUGUGUGUUUAUGACAGACCGACAUGGAAGAUGACACCAGUUUGUUUUUAAACUGUGCCGUCUUUAAAAGUUCUGGAAACGCUCCCGUUGAUGUCAUACAGUCAGUAGUAAUUGUGUGGGCAUGGCAAAUAUGUUGAAUGUCGGUGUGUACUGACUGACCAAAUGCUGAAUCAUUUGGCUGUCAAAUAAAUCAUUCGGUUGUAA